UGCAGCAAUAUAUUGUGAAAAGUUACUUUGAAUCCUUGUAACAAAACAAAUCUGAUUUCCCUUUGUUUCCAACAAAUCCAGUUAUAGUCAAGACAAAGAUGGCCCCCACCACUUUGACAUGUAAGACAUCUGUAGACAAUAACACAGAUACAAUUCUAUGUAGGGUGGAGUUGCUCAGUUAAGAGAAACAAUGCACAAAGCGGUUACCUUGACAUGUGCAAACAGUGUAUCUGGUAACUGGAGGGACAAGGACAAACCAUGACGUGGAUGCAAAGGGACCAUAUAAAAGUCCCUGCAGCCCAGAGUCUUCAAGCCACUUUGGUUCUCCUGGUUUUGCACCUGCUGUUGAACCAAGCUCACUUCCAUCCCUACAAUGGCUUUCUAUAGGCAGCCCUGCGACUACAGCCGCCCCUUGCUGCCCUGCGAGGUGACCUGCCCACAGCCCUAUGCCGAUGCCUGCAGCCAGCCCUGCAUCACCUCCUGUGGGGACUCCCGUGCUAUCGUCUACCCUCCGCCUGUAGUCAUCACCUUCCCAGGCCCCAUCCUCAGCUCCUGCCCUCAGGAGAGCAUUGUGGGCACCUCAGCCCCGCUGGAGCUGGGCAGCUCCUUUGGCCAUGGGAGCUACCCGGAGGCUCAGAGCUUGGUGGGUCCUGCUGCAGCUGGCCGCUACUCCUACCCUUGCUACACCCGCCGGCCAGCAUUCCGCCCUCUAAAGCCCUGCAUCACUCUGCCACCUCCACCGCCCACCAAGACCUGGCAAGAACAGGAACAGGAGCAAAUCCGCAGCCACUGAGCAAGCACCGAGGUGCAGCUAUCAGAGGGCAUCGCCAGGAGCUGGCUGCACGCUCAGCCAUCCCAAGGAGCAAGCAUAGAUGCCAGCCCCCCUUUGCAUGAGAUCUCUGCUCAAGAUCUCCUUGCGCUCUACUUCAUCCUUUUUUCCUUUGCUAUGGUGUAAAUUUAACUCAAUCCCUCUGCGUUGUUUCCUGCAGUAUUGCAGUGCUCUGAUAAAUCCCAUUUGUCGUUCUCAAUAAAAUCCUUCCUGC